AGGUCAAAUCAAAUUUACGCCUCUAAUCUUGACAUCGUUUCUCUCUUGGGUUUUCCUGGAGUCCGUCAGUUUCUGUUGAGUGCAAUACCUGAUCAUCACCCGUUGACAAGAAGAUUAUUUAGGAAUCAAGACUUGUGUGCUUGUAAGAUGUCUCGAUUGAUUCUACCGUGCAAAGGUUCGGCCUUGUCAAAGACAUGUCUCAUGGGUUUGGUCUCCUCUACUCCUCUUCGGGCAAGUUGUCGUGGUACGAGGCAUUCAGUAAAGAACCUUUGUAGAUACAGGCAACUCUUUUGUUCUGAGGCUUGUACGCGUUAUGCAUUCUAUCCUCUAUUACAGAUUGGAGGAAUCGUCAUUUGCCAUAUUACUCACUGCCUAGGGCUACAAAUAUCAGCCGGAGGUUAAUUUGCUCAGUGGCAACAGAACCAGUACCAACGCAAGUUGAAGAAUCUAUUAUGGAUACACCAAAAGAAAUCUUUCUGAAGGAUUACAAGCAGCCUGAUUACUAAUUUGAGACAGUCAAUUUGAACGGGUGAGGAAAAAACAAUCAUUUCUUCAAAAAUUGUUGUCUACCCCAGGCUUGAAGGUUCAUAAAGAUUUUUCUAACAAGUUGAUUGUGGGCACUACUGAGUUCGAUUUAGGUUGGACUUUUGAACCUGUGAUUGUCGGUUGGGUUAUUUGAAGACGUGGGCUCCUGGAUUUGAAGCUAAAAAGGAUUGCAACUUUGAGGCUAAAACACAUCUUCAUUUUGAUUUGAGUCAUUAUAUGCAAGUUUCAAGUUCAGAUGAUGGUGUUACUCUUUUUAAGAUUCUGAAAGUCUCUGCUAUCUAUUCUUGGAGCAAAAUAUUUGUUCGAGAAUGCCUGGAAUUUCAGCUUACGGCGGGUUGAGUGAUUCCAAAAAUGGAUCUUAGGAAGGACAACUCUAGAUUUGGCCAUUUGCCUACGACAUUGCGGAAUCCAUCGUCAUCAUCAUCAACAUUCUUUUCGGCAAGUCAAUCUCCUUUCUUCUCUCCGAAAUCUGCAACGUGUCGCUUGUCAACAAGUUCGGAUAAUCCAUGCCAUUCCACCAGAGUAAAUAUGGAUCCCCUGAAUGCAUAUUUGGGAAACGUGGAUUCAGAAUUCUUGACUAGCAUUAGGUUUGCUUCAACGGAAGUUAAUCCUGGUGCAGAAGCUUGUACUUCGAAUGACCGCCCGGAGUUAGAGAAUGUCUCUUCUAUGGGAGUAUAUAGUAGUGCACUAUCUAGUUAUGGUGUUCAUCGUUCGAACGAUUAUUCUAGACAUAAGGGUAAAGGCAAAAAGAUAGGGAGAUUGCUUGAAGUCUUGGCUCCUCCGACAUCCUUCUCUUCUAACAGAUUGAGGAGUUGCGAUGUCUACAUAGGGUUUCAUGGCCGUAAACCUUUGUUGCUUAGGUUUACAAAUUGGCUUCGUGCAGAGUUAGAGGUUCAAGGAUUGAGUUGUUUUGUAACAGACAGAGCUAGAUGUCGGAAUUCCCGUAAACAUAGCAUUGUUGAGAAAGCCAUGGAUGCUAGUACAUUUGGAGUCAUUAUCUUGACUAGAAAGUCUUUCAGAAAUCCGUAUACGAUUGAAGAGUUGAGAUUUUUCUCCGGCAAGAAGAAUUUGGUUCCUGUAUACUUUGAUGUAGCUCCAGACGAGUGCCUUGUCAGGGAUAUAAUAGAGAAACGGGGGGAGCUUUGGGAAAAAUAUGGUGGUGAACUCUGGCUACACUAUGGGGGAGUCGAGAAGGAAUGGAGAGAUGCUGUGAAUGCCCUUUCUCGUGUUGAUGAUUGGAAAUUAGAGGCCCAUGAUGGUAAAUGGAGGGACUGCAUACUACGAGCCGUCAGUCUUUUGGCAUUGAGGUUGGGGAGGAGGAGUGUUGUGGAUAGGCUAACCAAGUGGAGAGAGAAGGCUGAGAAAGAAGAGUUCCCUUUCCCUCAAAAUGAGAAUUUCGUUGGUAGGAAAAAGGAAUUGUCCGAGCUGGAAUUCAUGCUCUUUGGUGAUGUUUGUGGAGAUUCGGAGAGAGAUUUUUUUGAACUUAAGGCGAGACCGAGGCGUAAGAACUUAACGAUUGGCUGGGGAAGAACUAAUUCUAUAGAUGAGAAGCGAAGGGAUAGACAAAGUGAGAGUUGCAAGAGGAAGGGGAAAGAACCAGUUGUAUGGAAGGAAUCCGAAAAGGAAAUUGAAAUGCAGAACAUAGAAUUUUGUAGACCACCUCUGCUUACACCCAAGUCCAAGAGCAGUGGGAAGCAUGGCAGGAGAAGGAGAUCGAUGAAAGUUGUCUAUGGCAAGGGAAUUGCAUGCGUAUCGGGUGAUACAGGCAUUGGGAAGACGGAGCUGCUACUAGAGUUUGCUUACCGAUUCCAUCAGAGGUAUAAAAUGGUCCUAUGGGUUGGAGGAGAAAGCAGAUACAUCCGACAAAAUUACCUAAACUUGUGGUCGUUUUUAGAGAUCGACAUUGGGGUCGAGAGCGGUGCAGAAAAAGGUCGGACAAAGAGCUUUGAAGAACAAGAGGAAGCUGCCAUAGCUAGAGUUCGGAAGGAGCUCAUGCGUAACAUUCCAUUUUUAGUCAUAAUCGAUAAUUUGGAGAGUGAAAAGGAUUGGUGGGAUCACAAGCUGGUGAUGGAUCUGCUACCCCGUUUCGGUGGGGAAACACAUGUUAUUAUAUCGACCCGCCUUCCUUGUGUAAUGAAUCUCGAGCCUCUUAGACUUUCUUACCUAUCAGGGGUUGAGGCAAUGUCUUUAAUGCAGGGAAGUGUUAAAGAUCUAUCGAUUACAGAAAUUGAUGCGUUACGCGCGAUUGAGGAGAAGCUUGGACGUCUGCCUCUAGGCCUUGCUAUUGUUGGAGCAAUUCUUUCUGAGCUUCCAAUUAAUCCGAGUAGGCUGUUGGAUACCAUAAACAGAAUGCCAUCUCGGGAUAUAACAUGGAGCGGCCGUGAAAAUUUGUUAAGGCGGGACAAUUUCCUUUUACAACUUUUUGAGGUUUGCUUUUCCAUAUUUGAUCAUGUUGACGGACCAAGAAGUUUGGCGACUAGAAUGGUUCUGGCAAGCGGUUGGUUUGCACCAGCACCAAUUCCCAUACCCAUUCUGGCUCUAGCGGCCCACAAAAUAUCGGAGAAACACCAACACUGCCGCUUAUGGAAAAGGAUCAUGUAUUCCUUAACCUGUGGUUUCACAUCGUCUUAUGCACGGAGAUCGGAAGCGGAAGCAUCUUCGUUAUUGUUGAGAUUCAAUAUGGCAAGAAGCUGCACAAAAGACGGCUUCGUCCAGUUCAACCAUCUUGUGAAGCUGUAUGCCCGAAAGCGAGGUAUCACAGGACUUGCACAAUCCAUGGUACAAGCUGUGAUUAGUCGCGGAUCUAUAUCUCGUCACUUGGACCACAUAUGGGCAGCGUGCUUUUUGCUUCUCGGGUUCGGGAAGGACCCUAUAGUUGUCGAGCUCAAAGUGUCGGAACUCUUGUUUCUCGUGAAAGAAGUGAUCUUGCCCCUCGCUAUACGGACGUUUAUCACCUUCUCUCGUUGCAUUGCUGCUCUGGAGCUGCUUCGUCUGUGUACGGAUGCGUUAGAAGCAGCAGAUCAAGCAUUCGUCACCCCUGUCGAGAAAUGGCUGGAUAAGUCCCUCUGCUGGAAGCCUGUCCAGACGAAUGCUCAGUUAAAUCCUUGCAUCUGGCAGGAGCUCGCAUUAGCUAGAGCCACCGUGCUGGAAGUGAGGGCUAAGCUAAUGGCAAGAGGCGGACAAUACGAUAUAGGGGAUGAUCUGAUCCGAAAGGCUAUCUUUAUCAGAACAUCGAUAUGCGGUGAAGAUCAUCCGGACACCGUAACAGCUCGAGAGACCCUUAGCAAACUCACCAGACUUAUUGCCAAUGUUCAAACUCAUACUUCACCAUAGAUUUUUCAACUUUUUUUUGGCAGAGUUCAUAUAGUAGAAGAGUUAUAGCUCAAAAUUUUGAAUAAGCUGCUUCAUAAAUUUAAGGAAAAUUUAUACUAUUCUUACUUUAUUCCAAAGAGAACCCCUUUUUGUUUCUUGCUCUGUAAAUAACAUUUAAUCUUCCUGUCCUCAUCUUCAUUCGGAAUCUUUGCUAAAGGUGAGGUUGCUCAAGCCAGACAUACUGAGGACGGAGUAAUUCUUGGUGACUCACUAUUGGACUAGAAUGUAACAAGUGUUGUGGAAGUUGUUACUAUGUGAAUUACGACCACAUUUCUUGAAAUUCGA